UCUGACUCCAGCAUGGUGGGCGUGUAGCACAACAGACACGUUUAUUUUCACUUAGCAUGACUUCUACGGACUUGUCCAGCGUGUUAAACAUCUUACACUCACUUUACCGUAAAGUGGAGCCGCUGGUGGAGUUUGCAGAUGGCGUCGUGUUUAAAGAAGGACAGAAAGCCCGGGUCCUGGAUCAGUCCGACACCGCUAGAUUCUCCUCCUUCGCCCGCAGUGUUUAUGUGUGCUCGGACAAAGAGCUGCAGCAAGUGCCGAGUAGCACCGAGAUCUGCUCUCUACCUGAACUGUUGGCCUUUGUGCUUAACAAUCUGAAGCGAAAGAAGAGAAAGAACGUCUUAAUACACGGCUACAACCUCCUGCCUCAUAACGAACAGCAGAGGAACGCAGACCUGUUCAAAUUCCAAGGCGACGUUACUCAAAGUGCUGCCUACAUCCACGGCAGCGAUCUGUGGAAGAAGGCCACCAAACGCCUGGGUACUGACAUCACUCGCUACCUUCUGGAAAGUUGCUCCGUGUUCGUGGCAGUUCCUCCGUCCUGUUUUUUCCAGGUGUGUGGUCUGCCCAUCUAUGACCGCGUUUCCAUGACUUCGACAACUACAGGAAUAACUCUUCGACCCCAAAACAAAACCAGAAAGACCAGAAAGUCAAAAUUCGCAAUUAAGACAUGCAAAAAGUUACGUAAGAGUAAAAGGGAUCGUGGAAGCCGGAAAAGAAAAAGAGAAACGAACAAAUGUGAUGAUGAAGAUGUAGAAACGCCCGCUAAAAGACGACUCGUUGACGAUCAAAACGGAACAGACGAUCAGGCUGUGUUGCUUGCGCCAACGCAGUUUACAAAAUCUUUGGAAAACAGCAGCGGACCCGGUUUGAAGGAGGAAGGGGUGCCUAGUUGGCGAUCAGGUACCUACCCCCCUUUACCUCCAUCGCAGUGUUUCUUCCGGACUUUAGGAUUGCUCUACGGAGGCAGGGGCAUGCGCGGAUUCCUUCUAAACAGAAAAAAGAAAGAUGCAGAGGGAGUUAAGCGCCUACAAGGGAAGGAUUUGAUUCGAGUUAUCUUCUUUGAGGGUCUUGGUUAUUUAAAUGGAGCACAAAGAAAACCAAAGAAACUACCUCAAAGAUUUUUCAACAUGGUGCCAAUGUUUAACCAGCUGUUGAGGCGGCACAGAAGGUUCCUCUAUGGGCGUGUUUUGCAGAAGCUGUGCCCGUCUCUACAGCAGGCUGAUCCCGGGGAAGGGGAGCUCACUUCGCUUUUGUCCCAACAUUGUGCGGCUCAUCGGGUUUACCUGUUUGUUAGGGAGUGCCUCGUAGCGGUCAUCCCUCAACAGGCGUGGGGCUCGGAUCAGAACAGAGUACAUUUUCUGGCCCGGGUCAGAGGUUUUUUGUCAGGUGGGAAAUUUGACAAGGUCUCCCUGGCUGAGCUGCUGUGGAAAAUGAAAGUGAAUGACUGUGACUGGAUAAAGAUGAGCAAAAAUGGUCGUGUGCCUCCGAGUGAGCUUGCGUAUCGAACUCGGGUCUUGGGUCAGUUCCUGGCAUGGCUUUUGGAUGGGUAUGUGGUGGGUCUUGUCCGAGCCUGUUUCUAUGUCACUGAGAGCGUGGGACUGAAGAAUGCACUGAGAUUCUACAGACAGGAAAUCUGGACCAAACUGCAGGACUUGGCUUUCAGAUGUCAUCUGUCGAAAGGUCAGAUGACGGAGUUGACCCCUGCUCAGGUGGCCUCUCUCCCCAAAUCCACAGUCAUAUCCCGCCUUCGUUUCAUUCCCAAGAACGACGGGAUGAGGCCGAUCACGAGGGUCGUUGGAGCUGACGUCAAAACAAGACUGUACAGAGGCCGUAGCCGUGACCUGCUGUAUAUGCUGCAGGCUUGUGUCCGCACCGCUCCAUCCACACUGGGAUCCACAGUUUGGGGGAUGACCGACAUUCACAAAGCGAUAAGGUCUAUGGCGUCACAGCAAAAGGAAAAAACACAACCGCUGUACUUUGUUAAGGUGGAUGUGAGUGGAGCUUAUGAAAGUCUUCCUCAUGAUAAACUCACUGAGGUCGUCACUGAGGCCCUCACACCUUUUCUGGAUGAAAUCUUCACCUUGCGACGCUUUGCCAAGGUCUGGUGUGAUUCCCACGAGGGGCUGAAAAAAGCGUUUGUCAGACAGGCAGAUUUGCUUGAAGAUAACGUGGGCUCCAGCAAUAUGAAGAGUUUUGUGUCUUCUCUGCAAAUGUCAGGAAAGAUUCAUCAUUCCAUACUGGUAGAACAGCACUUCUCCUCAGAUCUUCAUGGCAAGGACGCGCUACAGUUUUUUACCCAAAUGCUCACUGGAAACGUAGUUCAGUUUGGCAAAAAAACAUACCGACAGUGCAGAGGGAUUCCCCAGGGCUCUGUUGUGUCCAGUCUGCUGUGCUGUCUGUGCUAUGGUCACAUGGAGAACAUGCUGUUUGGGAACAAAGGCAAAACCAAAGGAUGUUUACUUAGACUUGUGGAUGAUUUUCUUCUCAUCACCCCAGACCUACACGAAGCACAAGCAUUUCUAAAGGUUUUACUGCCUGGAGUGCCAGAGUACGGUCUGACCAUCAACCCGCAGAAAGUAGCGGUCAACUUCAAGGUUUCAGAAACUGCGACUGUUUGCCCUGAAAUCCGAGUUCUUCCCCCUCGCUGCUUGUUCCCCUGGUGCGGUCUGCUCCUGGACACACACUCCCUGGACGUCUACAAGGAUUACUCCAGUUACGCAGGUCUUUCUCUGCGUUACAGCCUCACUUUGGGCUCGUUACGUUCAGCGGGACAGGACAUGAAGAGGAAACUGAUGGCGAUACUUCGACUGCAGUGUCACGCUCUGUUUUUAGAUCUGAAGACGAAUUCUGUCGAGGCGGUCUACAAGAACAUUUACAAGCUGGUUCUCCUUCACGCGUGCAGGUUCCACGUAUGCGCCCAGAGUUUGCCCUUUGGUCAAACGAUCGCUAAGAACCCCAACUACUUCCUGCAAAUGAUCUGGGACAUGGCAAAAUAUGCAAAUCAGCUCAUCAGGAAAAACAACAAAGGCAAAUCCAAAAAAAUUACUGUAAUAAUAAUAAUGCAGCUUUUCCUGGAUCUGACCGUUUGUUUUUCUCCAGGCCUGACUCUGGGCAGUAAAGCUCAAACAGGCAUCAUUCAGUAUGAAGCAGUGGAGCUGAUCUUCUGCCUGUGUUUUGUGCUGGUUCUGUCUCAGCACCGGUGCGUGUACAAGACUCUUCUUCCUCCACUCCAGAAGAGAAAACGCAGUCUGCAGCAGCGCCUCGGCGACCUGAGACUGGCCAGAGUCAGACAGGCUGUUGGUUGUAAGAUUCCGGAUGACUUUCUGGUCAUUCAGACUUAGAGGUAUUUUGAAGUCCAGAUAUAUAUUUGAGGGUAUUUUGAAGUUAAUACAAUAUUUGGGGAUGUUUUUUUCAUUGCUGUUUUAAAUGCUCACUCCCCCGAGGUAAUGGUGUUUCCACUGUUGACCCAAAUGUUUCUAAUGUGUGUAAAUAUAAUGUACUAUAUGUAUAAUGCAUAAUUUUCCUGUUGACAGAUUUGAUGUCAAAGCACAGACAGAGUCUUAAUAUGUGAUUUAUGCCAAAUAAAUGUUAAAAUGCAGUAAAGUCAAACAAACAUUCAGGACUCGACAUAAACCACUUAAGUGAUAAACGCGGCUCGUAAACACGCCUCACAAAAGAAUGACUUUGGCCACAACUUUGAAUUACAAUGGCCGUGGUACUUUUCCACACUCCACCUGCUGCUCAGCUCCAUCUGAGCUCUUCAUCUGUGUUGACAGAUUCACAUGUUUAAUCUGUUUUGAUUUGAUCCGUAAUAUUUGCAGUGAAAAAAAACACAAACCAUUUUGUAAUUCCAAAUAGACAACGAUUUAGAUCUUGAAAACUGUUAGAUUCCUUCAGCAUCUGAAUGUACAAAUACAAAAAAGAUAAAGACAACUGAGCAAAGAAACUGAUCCACAACAUGUGUUGUAGACACUGCUCCCUACAAUUGUAAAAAAAACAUUUAAAAGUGACAUGACGUUUGUAAUAAAACUUCAGUAAGAUCAUUGUAGACUUUAUGGUCACUGACCAGGUCAAUAAUGCAGUAUGUGCUGUAUAUUGUAGAGAUAAGGACUCAGGAAGUUCUGUCC